ACGACACGUGGUGAAGCGAUCCGUGAACGGUUCCGUGAUUCGAUCGUUUUAUAUUUAGAACAGUCGAAGUGUUUGCUUGCGCGCGAUUCGAAAAAAUGCUGUGUGCAUGCGGAAGGUUAUAAAGCGCGAAUUUUCAUGUUGUGUAGAAUGACUUUAUAGAAAACAUUCGACCUCGUAUAAAUCUAAUAGCGAGCGGGAAGGUAAAUUUGUUGUCUCGUGUCGUCAACGUGAGAAGCGUGGAACGAAGUGUCUCUGAAUAGUUGAAAGUUUCGUAGUGAUAAUAUUUGGUAACUGAUCUGAGGAGAGAAUCACUCGAUGAAUAUCGCGUAUGUCGACUCUCGACUCGCUCGUAUUGGCACUUGACCAGUGUCUCUCGCUCGCUGUUAAUUAAUGCCAACGUUAACCCUUUGAACAUUGACGAGUACUUGAACUCCUGCGUAAACGUGUCUUGAGAAUGAUUGAUAACGCUUUCGAACGUUGAUAUCCUCAGUGUUGUUUGCGUAAUAAAUUAUAGGGAAUUGAAAAGUGGACAGACACUUCGUAUUCCUUUUCCUUCCAAGAUGUUUCUUAUUAACCGAAGUAGAGUCUUACUCGAGUGAUAGUGAGUAUAUACGUAUACACUGUUUCUCGGUGUUCGUCAAUUUUUGAGACGAGCAAUAUUUUCGAAAUAGAAAUACCCGAUUACCGUGGCAAGAUAUGGGAGAGGAGCUUUACCAUGGUCGUCGUGGCUUCAUCGGCGAUUACCGUGAUUGAGGAUUUUUCGAAAGACACUUUGGGAAGGUUGCGUAUUCGGUACGUGAUGCCGGCGGCGCACCUGACGCUGCGCGAGGAGGAUGUGGUACGACUAACGUUGGAGUUCCUCCACAGCCGAGACCUUCACAUCUCGCAGCUCUCGUUGGAGCGAGAGACGGGGGUGAUAAACGGCCAAUACAGCGACGAUGUCCUGUUUCUUCGCCAGCUGAUCCUCGACGGUCAAUGGGACGACGUGCUCGAGUUCAUCCAGCCGUUGGAGGCGCUCCCGGACUUCGACAUGAGAAAGUUCACCUACUCGAUCCUCAGGCACAAGUACGUGGAGCUGCUCUGCAUCAAGUCCGAGGCGAACUUCAUCGCCGCUGGGACGAACGGCAGCGUGGACAACGCGGUCGAGGAGGUGGUCAAGGUUCUGAGCGAUCUCGAGAAGGUCGCCCCGUCCAAGGAGGAGUACAGCAGCUUGUGCCUGCUGUUGACCCUUCCUCGGCUCACCGACCACCUCCAGUACAAGGAUUGGAAUCCGAGCAACGCCAGGGUUCAGUGCUUCAGGGAGGUGCACCCGUUGGUGGAGAAGUUUCUGCCCGGGGACAGGAAGAGCACCGAUCCGGCUCACCCGGUCACCUCCGCGAAAAACGAUCGGCUGAUACAGCUGAUAAUCAAGGGGAUUUUGUACGAGUCGUGCGUCAAUUACUGCCAGGCCAAAGCUACCGGCUCCAAGGAGAGCGAACAAGUGGAAAUGAAUUUCUCCAGGCUGUUGGACGGCUCGGUCGGUUUCAGCGAUUCCGACUUGAGCCUACUCUCUUGGCUGCAAAGCAUACCGCCCGAGACGUUCGCGGUGCCUUUCGCGCAGCGCACGUUGAACGUGGACGUGGAACGGUUGGAGAGACCGUCGUUGGAGACCUCCUGGACCGAGCACAUGUUGAUCACCCCCAUAAAGCCCAAGACUUUCCCGCACAGCGCGAUGCCGUUCACGAGGCCGCGGUCCGCCGCCGACAUGAUGUCCCGCAGUUUAGUGCCGGCAUUGGAAGCUGGACUCGGACCAAGGAGUCCCGGGCCUAAAAACACCACGAUACCAUCCGCGGCGCUAAUGGCUCUGUCCACCGGCGAUAUAAACCCGAUGUCGAGAUCCUCCUUCGCCAGCUUCCAUUUGACCGGUUUCAAGAACAACAAACUGAUGAACACGAGCGUGGACAGACUGUUCGAGAACGAGGGCGACGUCUUCCUCAGCUCGAGCUACGCCGAGUUCCAACAACUGCCUUCCAUACAGGAGACCACGGCCAACAAUCAGCCGAAGGCUCCUCCCAGAACGAGGGGACACUCCAAGAGUCCCGAGACUAUCAAAGCCGAUCCGUCUGCGGCCUCCACGCCGGAGCGUAGAGUCGCCGGCAGAGAAUCGCCGGCCCCGUCGACCGCCAGAAGCUCGAGAAGGGAUUCCUUGGCGGAGAAGCCAACCGGUGUCGCGGCAAAGAUCACGGAGCCAACCCCGAUCCCUGUCCGAGCCUCGCUGGGUGGAGAUCAUCUGGAGCAGAGUUACAACGGUGACCUGUUCAAAGAAUAUCAAAAGCAGAAGCAAAGGCUGCAGGAAAAGGUUCAGCAGAAGGAAAGGGAGUGGGACGAUUUGCUGAGGCAAUUGUCCGCUCCGUUACCUGCACAAGUGGUCGAUAACAGACUUCAGGGAGACGGUAUGAAACAGCCUUUGGGAAGUAAAGGACCUUCACCUGUGCACACGAGUACGCCUGCUCGAUCCGGUAUCCAGUCACCGAAGCCUACGAUCAAUGGAUCCGAGCCUGUGGUGAGACAGAACUCGGCGUUGGGUAACGCUUACGAUCCCAGAAUGCAAGAGAGUCAUUACGACGUCGUGAAGCCGAUAAAGCAAGAACCGAGGCCGGAACUCGAUGCCAGCAACGGAAGCAGCAACGGCGGAAGGCCAAGAUUCGUCCCCGUGACGGCGCUCGAGGACGUCCAAGCCGUACGAUGCGCGGAAUUCCACCCCCAUGGGAAAUUGUACGCUGUGGGAUCUAACUCGAAGACGCUGAGAAUAUGCUCGUAUCCAAAGCUUCACGAUGUCAGGGAGGAUCACCAGACGUAUCAGCCCACAGUUCUCUUCAAGAGAACGAAGCACCACAAGGGCUCGAUAUAUUGCCUCGCGUGGACACCGGAUGGCCAAUUGAUGGCGACUGGAAGCAACGACAAAACUGUCAAAUUGAUGCGCUUCAACGCCGAUACAUCAAAUCUCGAAGGUCAAGAAGUGGAGCUUACGAUGCACGACGGCACGGUUCGCGAUCUGUGCUUUCUGGAAGAUACCUCGAACAAGUCGAGUUUGUUGAUCAGCGGCGGUGCCGGUGAUUGCAAGAUCUACGUCACCGAUUGCGCCACAGGCACCCCCUUCCAAGCGCUGAGCGGUCACAGCGGACACGUGCUCACCCUGUACAAUUGGGGAGGCGCGAUGUUCGUGAGCGGGUCGCAGGACAAAACGGUCAGAUUUUGGGAUCUUAGAACGAGGGGGUGCGUGAACAUGGUGACGCCUGCGACGGUACCUGGGAGCAGGCAUUUGAUCCCGUUGCAGGUGGGAAGCCCGGUAGCGGCGCUCUGCGUCGAUCCGUCGGGGCGUCUUCUGGUGUCCGGCCACGAGGACAGCAGCUGCGUCCUCUUCGACAUCCGAGGCGGUAGAACCGUGCAAUGCUUCAAGCCCCACGCCGCUGACAUCCGAAGCAUACGUUUUUCCCCUUCGGCUUACUACUUGCUCACGGGCGGUUACGAUAACAAGCUCGUUCUGACCGAUCUGCAAGGUGAUUUGACGAUGCCGUUACCCAGCGUGGUCGUAGCGCAACAUCAGGACAAAGUAAUAUCGGGGCGAUGGCACCCGACGGAAUUCUCGUUCCUCAGUACUUCCGCUGACAAGACAGCAACGCUGUGGGCUCUGCCGCCCGUUUAGACGGGCAAACGUCGAUGCAAACGCGCGAUUUGUUUCUCACAGGAAUUAUUUUCAGGAACAAUCGCAUACUUGUUGCACACACCGUAUCGAUCACGAUCGUUCGCCCUUUCUCUCCCUCGAUGUUAACAAUCGAUCGUAAUUUUUUUACUCGACGGAACGAAGCGAAUUUGCGAAUCUUUCCUUCUUUCUUUCUUUCUUUUCUUUCGAUCCUUUUAUAAUUCGAGAGAGAGAAAUCCGGACGAGGAAAAUCGUUUUAAACCGGAUAGCGUGGGAGGGGGGGAACGAACGAUCGUGAAAUCGUAUCGAGCGAAGCGUUAUUAAAUCAGGAAGAAAAGUUUUUUUUUUUCUCUCUCUCUCUCUCUCUCCACGUGUUCACGCAUAAUUCAACCAUGACCAAUUAAAGUUUCCUGAAAACGCGUUGAAUCAAAAUGGCGCGCGUGUGAGAAAGAAAUUAAAACCGCGCAGAAGGAAACAUUGUUAACGGUGUUAUAUCAAGUAUGAAACGUUACAACGCUUCGAGAGCCUCGGACGAGAAGGAGUGAAAGUGGAUUUUCGCGUAGAGACGAUGCAGCGUUCAGAGGCGUUAACCAUUUAUUGACGGCGAGUCAUCGUCUUGAGUAGGAAUCAUAAGACUGCGGAAGAACCGACAAGGAAAACUUCGUCAUCGCGAGUAUUUACGAGUCACGAUGGUAUUCGCAUGUUAUAUGCAUCGUAUACGAGGGACAUCCCAGUUUUUUAUUUUUUUGGAAAAACUAUUUUCGUAAAAAACUAUCGUGAGCGUAUUUCUUUAUCGAUGAUUACCGCGUAUUACCAUUUGUCUUCUCUGUUCUUUUUUUUUUUUUUUUUUUCUUUUUUUGUAUAGAAUUUCAUUUCGCGAUCAUUUCGUGUUUUGUCCCCGGUGUAGUAGUACCUUCAGUAAGUAUGAAAAGUAUUCACACACAUUGACUAAUUACAAUUAAAACAGGAUUAUACAGUUAUAUCCUUUUUUAAAGUAUUAGACGAAAAGAUAUGUGUAAAGAUAUUUCUUCCUUAAAUCGAUAUUUGUUUCUUUUUUUUUUCUCGUUUACAAAAUUAUCGAUAAAUUGGACGUAAUAAUACUUAAAGAUACUUAUUCAAUAUAUUUCUUUUGCGAUAUCAAAAUAUAUAUAUAUAAGAAGCAUUUUUUUUUUUCUACAAAUAUCGAUAUCGAUCAAUAUGAUUGUAUAAUGUUUUAAUUGUAGUCGCUGUGAACAACUUUUUCUUACUCGCUGUACAUUUAGCAUAGAGUUUAAAACACGAUAAUCACGGGAAAGAAAAGCAAAAAAAAAAAAAAAAAAAAAAAAAAAGAAAAAUAUUCCCGAUAAUAACCGUAAUCACCCUUUGUAAUUUUUAGAUUCUGAAUGCUCUCUUCCUUUUACUCGAUACUUUAUUACUUUACGUUGCAAAUAUUUCUUUUAUAGAAUUACUCGUGAAGAAAAAAAAAAUACUUGUAAAUUUUACUUAUCCAUUUUGAUCGGUGAGUUUCCAUCCGCUUGUGUGCGUCUGUCUGUGUGUAUGCGUGCGUGUAUGUGUACGUUUUUUUUCUUUUCUUUUUUUUCUAUUUCAUCUUCCCUCAUUUGCGUAUUAUAGCCGUAUAUAAUUAUAAUCGAUUGUCGUUUUUCUUUUUUUCUCUUAUUUAAGGAUUUUUCCUCUUUUUUCUUAAUUUUUUUCUUUACCUUUUAAUUUAAAUCGUUUUCGAAGCGUUUCUUCCCACCAAAUCGUCGUCCCUGUCUUAUCGAUCCCCCGAAGUUACGCCAAAUAUUCGCAUAUUACGCAUAUUAUAAUAAUAAUAUAAAUACCUAUCUCAUAUUAAGAGGAACACAACAUAUACGUACGCUCAUUAUUAA